AUGAUUCCUGGUGGCAAAAUACGUACCCCGGAUCGUUGGGCACCUCGGCGGGGCUUCUGGCCGCUUCCUGAUUCUGGGUUUCCAUGGGCUCGGGCGCCGGCGGGGCCGGGCGGCGGGCGCACUACGACUACGAUCGAGCGACGACGCGACGGGGACGGCUCCCGGAGUCGCUCGGUUGCACUACCGACUACCGGCACGAGACUGGCGCGCCGCGGCGCACCCCGCCACGCAGCGCCCGCCCCCGCCCGCACCCGUCACCCGCACGGCCCGCGCUGCCGCCGCAUCGAUUCAUUCACUCCGUACACAAUUAUUCAUACGGCUUGCACGACGGUCGCGAGGAACAGCGUGCUGGCACCACCACGUGAACGCGCAGCACGUGCUCGCGCUCCUCCCCCCUACACCCGCACGGCCGCCAUUCCCGCCCCGUCCGCGGAGUGA